AUGCAGUCAUUCCUCCGACGCGGCGCGUCGCUCUUUUCGCCCUCGCCCUCUCCUUCCACCGCAUCGAACCUGAAGCCCGCGAUACUCAGCUCGGAGGACUUUUCGAAGGCGCCUACGGCCGAUACACUCUUUUCGAAGACUAACCCUUCUGAAGAUGGAGAGGAAUGUCUGCACGACUGCGCGACGUGUACGAUCAAAUACCCUGCCAAGUUUGAUGUGGACCAGGAAGAUGAGCUUUACGGGCAUGUGAAUGGCUGGUCAACGCAUUUACUUGUCGCAACGGGCAAGACAGACUGGGUGAGGGAUGUUGCCGACGAAGAGGGCAGUGUCAUGGAGGCUAUUGAUCGAGGCGGGGUUUUGCCGGGCAAUGGGAAAUUGAAGCUGUCCGCGAGUAAUAUGCCCGUGCCGGAUGAGUACCAUCAUCAUGAGAAGGGGCAGCAACCAACUACAGUGCUCCUCCUGCCGAGCUUCACGAUUAUUGAGCAUGUUACGCCAGCGCUGGUGCCGGAUCUGAUCCGCGGAUUUGUUAAUCCUGCUGUGACUAACACCACACCGUUAAGUGUACCGCCAGCGCCUGUCGAGAGGAAGGAUACUGAAGGGGGACCGGAAACAAAAAUCAUGACGCCGCUGCGGUCGCGUCCAUGCCCGCACGCGGCCGUCAUUCUUCUCUGCUCGCAGAAGACGCGCGACGCAAGGUGCGGUCAGUCUGCGCCGCUACUGAGGCGGGAGUUUGACCGACACCUGCGUCCGCUGGGUCUGCACCGCGACCUGGACGAUGAGCGCCCUGGUGGCGUGGGAAUAUAUUUCAUCAGCCAUGUCGGAGGACACAAAUACGCGGCGAAUGUCAUUGUGUACCGAAGAAGGGACUUUGACUGGUACAAAUCAGCAGAGAAGCGGACGGGAGAUGAAGGCGAAGAAGCUUAUGCUGCGGACGAGGGCGCCGCGCAGUGUAUCUGGCUGGCGCGCGUGAGACCAGAAGACUGUGAGAAUAUUGUCCGGUAUACGGUCUUGCAAGGGAAGGUUGUCAAACCGGGCACACAGCUUCGAGGAGGAUUUGACCGGGAACGAGUGCUGAUCAGCUGGUGA